AUGGCUGUCGUUGUUGUCGUAGCCGUUCCUGUCCAAUAUGGUAACACUCAGCUAACAAGUAGGAGUUACGCUGCCCAUGAAACAUACAAUCCAGUUCAGCUCUAUAGUUAUGGUUACCGGAUUAAAGAUGAGUAUGAUACUAUUCAAUUCCGCAAGGAGGAAACGGAAGGAAGCGAUGUUAUUAAAGGAUCUUAUGGAUACACAGAUGUUGCUGGUUUGUACCGAAAGGUAGAGUAUAUUGCUGAUGCUCGUGGUUUUCGUGCUUUAAUUAAAACCAAUGAACCUGGUACAACAAACCAGAAUUCAGCUGACGUUGAGAUUAUCAGUGAACAGGGACCACAGUUGCACCAAACACUUACAGAGGAAUACAGUGCCCGAAAUGAAAUAGAACGUCCAAUUUACAGCCACAAACCCGAACCAAAUUAUUACCAGCCAGCUUAUAAUUCGGUGGCGAAAAGAGUGUCUAUCCAAAGCUCCGCCUCAAACGCACCACGCUAUGCAUCCGUGUACAGCGCUCCAGCACUGUCUUCAACAUCGACUGAUAAAAAAGAAGAUAGACUUGAAAAACUCGAAGAAUAA